GCCUGCGGUGUUGCGAUAAAGAAGCGGCUGCCCAGACGAUCCACCCAACGACUUGACGUUGGUAUAAGUGCUCCCACCGCUUUUCCUGUUACAGCGACAGCGACUCGUGUCCAGAUCGCAGCGCGUCUCUGUCUGCUCCGAACCCCUCCACGACCCUCCACGACCGCUCUUGGGCAUCAUGGCUCAACUCGACACGCUCGAUAUCGUCGUGCUGGCAGCACUGCUGCUCGGCACAGUCGCCUACUUUACAAAAGGCACCUACUGGGGCGUAACCGCCGACCCAUAUGGAAGUUCGCUCGCGGGCGCCAACGGCGCUGCAAAGGCGGGCAAGUCACGCAGUAUAAUCGAGAAGAUGGACGAGUCGAAUAAGAACUGUGUCGUCUUCUAUGGAAGUCAGACUGGCACUGCCGAGGACUACGCAUCGCGUAUCUCCAAGGAGGGGCAUUCACGCUUCGGUCUCAAGACCAUGGUUGCAGAUCUGGAGGACUACGACUUCGAAAACCUGGACACCUUCCCCGACGACAAGCUCGCUGUCUUCGUCCUUGCCACCUACGGUGAGGGUGAGCCUACAGACAACGCUGUCGAGUUCUACGAGUUCAUUGGAUCUGAGGACAUCAACUUCAGCGAAGGCGGCGGUGCUGACGACAAGCCUCUGGCCAACCUGAAGUACGUCACAUUCGGUCUCGGAAACAACACAUAUGAACACUACAACUCCAUGGUCCGCAAUGUUGACAAGGCACUUACCAAGCUUGGCGCGACACGGCUCGGCACUGCUGGCGAGGGUGACGAUGGUGCUGGCACUAUGGAAGAGGACUUCCUCGCCUGGAAGGAGCCCAUGUGGGCUGCUGUCGCCGAGACAAUGGGUCUCGAGGAGCGCGAAGCAGCGUACGAGCCUGUCUUCGAGGUAACUGAGAGGGACGACCUUACACCUGAAGAUGACACAGUCUAUCUCGGCGAGCCCAACAAGAACCACCUCGAAGGCACGCAGAAAGGUCCCUUCAACGCCAACAACCCCUUCAUCGCCCCCAUCGUCGAGUCGUCCGAGAUUUUCACUGCCAAAGACCGAAACUGUCUCCACAUGGAGAUCAGCAUCGCCGGAUCCAACCUAUCGUACACCACUGGUGACCACAUCGCAAUAUGGCCCAACAACGCUGGCAAGGAAGUCGACCGUAUCUUCAAGGUCCUCGGAAAGGAACACAAGCGUCAUACCGUCAUUACAGUCAAGGGCCUCGAUCCCACAGCAAAGGUCCCAUUCCCGUCCCCCACCACCUUCGAUGCAGCCAUCCGCUUCCACAUUGAGAUUGGUGCUGCCGUCUCUCGUCAGCUUGUCGCCGGUCUCGCUCAAUUUGCUCCCAACGAUGACAUCAAGGCUGAGAUGGUAAAGCUUGGUAGCGACAAGGAUUAUUUCAAACAAAAAGUCACCAGUCGCAACCUCAAUUUGGCACAGCUGCUUGAAAUUGAAGGACAGGGCCAGACCUGGACCAAGAUUCCCUUUUCGUUCCUCAUCGAAGGUCUUGUCAAGAUCCAACCUCGUUACUACUCGAUCUCAUCCUCCUCGUUGGUGCAGAAGGACAAGAUCUCAAUCACCGCUGUCGUUGAGUCAAUUGAGAAGGCCGACGCGCCGCACGUCCUCAAGGGUGUUACCACAAACUAUCUCCUGGCUCUCAAGCAGAAGCAGCAUGGUGAUCCAUCGCCCGAUCCGCACGGCCUGAACUACUCGAUUACUGGUCCCCGCAACAAGUACGAUGGCAUCCACGUACCCGUUCACGUCCGUCACUCGAACUUCAAACUCCCGUCAGACCCGUCGAAGCCCGUCAUAAUGGUUGGCCCUGGUACUGGUGUUGCCCCUUUCCGUGGCUUUGUCCAGGAACGGGCUGCUCAGGCCAAGGCUGGCCAACCUGUUGGCAAGACCAUAUUGUUCUUUGGCUGCAGAAAUAAGGCAGAGGACUUCUUGUAUGAGAAGGAAUGGGAGCAAUAUAAGGAAGUACUCGGCGAUAACUUCAUUCUCCACACCGCGUUCUCACGAGACGGCCCCAAGAAGGUCUAUGUCCAGCAUCAGAUGGAAGAGCAUGGUGAGGAGGUCAACAAGCUACUAGAACAGAAGGCCUACUUCUAUGUCUGUGGCGAUGCCGCACACAUGGCUCGCGAGGUCAACACACUACUCGGCAAGAUAAUUUCCAAGUAUAGGGACGUGUCCCUGACGAAGGGCGAGGAGAUCGUGAAGGCCAUGAGGGCAUCGAACCAGUACCAAGAGGAUGUCUGGUCAUGAUAGACUUUUGGUAUAUAGCAAAGCAUUUGAGAGUUGGGCUGGGGAGCGAAAGGCGUUUAGUGAUGCAUGUUACCGCGCAAUUGCGCAGGUGCGGUCAGACAGGG